AUGCUUCUAGACUACUACAGUUCAGAUUCAUCUCAGCUCAGUUCAGAUUCAUCUCAGCUCAGUUCAGAUUCAUCUCAGCUCAGUUCAGAUUCAUCUCAGCUCAGUUCAGAUCCAUCUCAGUUCAGUUCAGAUCCAUCUCAGCUCAGUUCAGAUCCACCUCAGCUCAGUUCAGAUCCAUCUCAGCUCAGUUCAGAUCCAUCUCAGCUCAGUUCAGAUCCAUCUCACCUCAGUUCAGAUCCAUCUCAGCUCAGUUCAGUUUCAUCUCAGCUCAGUUCAGAUCCAUCUCAGCUCAGUUCAGAUCCAUCUCAGCUCAGUUCAGAUCCAUCUCAGCUCGGUUCAGAUCCAUCUCAGCUCAGUUCAGAUCCAUCUCAGCUCAGUUCAGAUCCAUCUCAGCUCAGUUCAGAUUCAUAUCAGCUCAGUUCAGAUCCAUGUCAGCUCAGUUCAGAUCCAGUUCAGAAAUAUACAGCUUCUCUUUCCCUAAAUUUAAAAGAUUCCUAG